GGUGGGUACGUACUGACGUCACCGCUCGGUCCUCUAACUGUGAACGUCAAAAUAAAAAUCCCGAGUAACAAACUUUCCCUAUCGGGACUCAUAACUAGAAACACAUGGCAGCGAGGAAAUAAGGAGCUGUGAGGAGAGGAAAAGGAGUCAUUUAUCUCCUUGUUGUAAUGGUGGUUGUGACGCGGCGUCGUUGUUCGCUCAGCAGAGGAGGCUCUUCUGUCUCUCUUUCUUCCUCCCAGAGGGGGUCGCACGGUGAAGAAGAAGAGCCAGCGGGCUGCUGCUGCUGUUGAGUCAGUGUGGCUGUAUUCAAGCUAGCUAACGUCAAGUUGUGAAGAAGAAAGUGGGAGAAGACGGCGGCGGCGGCUAAAACGGGGAGCUUUAACCGCCUUACAGACCUAUGCGGACGGAUAGCAGGUGAGUGAUGGAGACGAGAGAGUUGACCGUGGUCGCUGGCAGCUUCGUGGUUUUCCAGGUCCUCUUCUCAGUGGUCAGCCCGCGGCUCUCCUCCGUCAUCACACCGGGUUAUGGACGGGUGCCGACUACCAAGCUCACAGAGUGGAACUCCAGGUUGGUGUCGACUGUGCACGCUCUGGUCGUUGGGUUGUUCUGUCUGUACAUCCUGUGGUUUGAUGAUGUGGUCAACGCCAAUCCCGUCUGGGGUGACCCCAGCCUGGUCAAACUAAAUGUAGCCAUAACCUGUGGUUACCUCCUUUAUGACCUCGUGCUGCUGGCGUGUAACUGGAGCACUAUGGGGGACAGCUUUUUCGUCUGUCACCACUUGGCGGCGCUCUAUGCAUACGGAUACGUGCUGACACGAGGCGUGCUUCCCUACUUUGCCAACUUCCGCCUCAUUUCAGAGUUGUCCACACCGUUUGUGAACCAAAGGUGGUUCUUUGAGGUAUUAAAGUACCCCCGCUCACACCGGUUGGUGGUGGUGAAUGGCGUUGCCAUGGCAGUGGUUUUCUUCCUGGUUCGCACCGCCGUCAUGCCGUCCUACUGGUCCAGCGUGUUCGCCACCUUCGGCACAGAAGAGUUUGAGCGACUGGGCUUGGGCGCCCAGGUGGCCUGGAUCAGCUCCUGCAUCGCCCUGGACAUCUUGAACACUAUCUGGAUGUAUAAGAUCGCCCGCGGCUGCCACAAGGUCCUGACCGGGAGGGGAGGAAGGAAGGUCAAGGAGGUGGCGGAGAAGGAGGGAGCGGAGAAGGAGGGAGCGGAGAAGGAGGCUUCCUUGGACGGGAAGCACGUCAACAAUCACACGGACUAAAAGAGAUGUAGAGCAAUGGAUGUGAUGACACAGACAUGAGCGGGGGAGGGAGGCUGGACAUCUAGGAAGCUUGCAGCCUCUCUCUGUUGCUGUAGCCUCAGCGUCCCUCCCACCCUCCAGUCCCCCUUGAUCUCCUUGUAGUUGGCUAGUGGACCGGGCUAACCGUCCUCAGGUCCUGACCCCCAUCACGAGACAAAGAGACUGCUCUUUGACUCACUCGAGCACCAGCCUUCGCAGCCUCAGUGUCAGCCUGCUGGGCGACAGCUUCCGGUCGCAGACGACAAGGUAGAGCUCACAAAGCACACUUUUAACUCGCUCGCCUCUUUUCGUCCCCACCGCCAUUCCUCUCUCAUCAUCUCCCCUCAUGCUCAACUUCAGCCAAAGCCCCAAUCCUCUGAAGUGCCUGUGAAAGACAGGAAAGCAAUAAUGGUGGAGGAUCACAAAGUCUAACAGAGCUCGGCCCCCUUCAGAAGACAACCAUCUCUCGCUCUGCUACUGCUCCCGAAACGACCGGAGGCUUCUCCCGUCGCUCAUACUCCGUCCGUCCACACCCGAGGAGACGUAGCCUCUAACAUCAGAUCCAUAUUUGUGAAUCUAUAGGGCUCCUGUCUUAAACUCAUCAGACCUCACUAAAAAGAGACA